GUGGCUAUACUACUGAGCAGUGAACACAAGUUGUAUGUACUACUCGUUGAUGUCACGUUUGAUGGGUCAGGUUAGGUUUGUUGUGGAACCAUCUUAAAACUUUUGGGUUGCCACAGGCUUGAAGAUGUUAGAGAGGUUUUGGUUGGUGUAGGACUUCAGGUUGUGAGGGUGUAUAUUGAGAGGGAUGCAGCAUAUAUGUUUCUAACAAGGAGUAUGGAGAAAUCAAGGCAAUUACUGUGUACCUUGCAAGUUGUUGAUUCAAAUGAAACAUGCAGCAAAUGUUCUUUGAGGAGUUUGGAGCAGGUUCAGGUGGAAUUGUUUGAGAAACAUAUAUGUGGAGGUUCAAAAAUAAGCAUAUUCCAAUAUUCUUUGGUGCUUUUCUGGCGCAAUAAUAUUGAAGAUGAAUUAUGGCUUUCAAGGUCACUAUUUGUAAUUGGAGGACAUUUGCUUGUGUGCAUUGAAGACUUCAUGCAAUUUAGCGCUCUUUCAAUAGAUGCAUCUUCAUCAACAUAUUUCUCCCUUGAUUCAUGCUGCUCCAUCACUGAUGUAUCUGAAAUGGUGAUUGAGGCGAGGGAGAGUCAGUGUGUUACCUUGGCUCUUGUACGUGCCACGUCAGAGUUGUGCCCAUCAGCCAACACAGACAAGGAGCAGGUGGGACUUGAUAAAGAAAAGACAGCUUCGGGGUCUCUGACAUGGAAGCUCAAGUGGUUCUCAGAAGAGAGUCUAUUCAAGUUUGUGGCACUCUUUAAGGCAAUCCAUGCAGGAGCCACCAUGUCCCCUUUACCAGUAAGAUGUAUAUCAUAAAACUCUUAAUUCAUUUAGCCCUUUUUUAAUAUCUUUUUGGGUGGUGGGGUUGGUUUCAUAUUCAUUUCAUUCUUUGAUUUGGGUGUUUCCCUUUAUUUUUUUGAGUUCAUGUAGUGUGGUGAGCAAAAGUAGCUUUUUUUGGGGUAUUCUUUUAAUGAUUUGUGUCUUGUUUUAGGCCUGUAAAUGAAACAAAUUGUACAGAAUAGAACAGUGAACAAAAUCGCAUUGAUUCAAUCCCUUUUCACUAAAAACA